GUCAGAGCGGGGCUCGUGGUCGGAAGCUUCGCGGGAAAAUCUCUCAAAACAAAUCGGUUCCGCUGGUCGCGUGCUGGACUUCAGCCUCCGGUACCGUGAGCUCAGCGGCGUGACGUCACUGUGGGUACCGAACCGGUCCGUGGAAGCGUUAGCUCUCCUGCUAGCUCCGGGCUAACGCUAAUCCGUUAGCUUAGCACUGAGCUGCUCCGGACAGUGGAGCGGGGACCUCACAGGGACCAGCCGGGAUAAAGAGUCGGUGACCGGGGAGAGAGAUGGCGGAGAGACCGGAAGACCUGAACCUCCCGACCGCGGUGAUCACCCGCAUCAUCAAGGAGGCGCUCCCCGACGGAGUGAACGUGUCCAAAGAAGCAAGAAGAGCCAUCUCCCAAGCUGCCAGUGUGUUUGUGUUGUACGCCACCUCCUGUGCAAAUAAUUUUGCGAUGAAAGCCAAAAGAAAAACUCUGAACGCAGGAGACGUGUUGGCUGCGAUGGAGGAGAUGGAGUUCGAACGAUUCCUGGAGCCGCUGAAGGAAUCUCUGGAAGUUUAUAAGAAGGGCCAGAAAGGAAAGAAGGAGGUGACGGAGCAGAAGCGCAAAGAUAAAGAGAAGAAGACCGACUCCGAGAACGACAAGAGCCGGGAGGAGGAAGAGGAGGAGGAGGAGGAGCGGAUGGAUGAGGAGCCUGAAGCCGAGAACGAAGGGGAGGAGGAGGAGGUGGAGAACUGAGGAGGUGUCAUCAGAGCUCUGGUGACAUGAACCAUGAAACUCACUCCUCUGACGUUAACCCCCCCGACGUGACGCGCCCAUCAUCCAAUCACAGUGAAGCAGUGACAUCAGGUUCAGAGGAGGAGGAGUUACAGACGUCCAGCUUCUGUCUUCCACACGCAUACAGACACACACACAGACACACACACUUCACAUUUGUCUCGUUCCUUUUUGUGUUUACUUUUUUAUAGUAACAUUUUGAUAUUUGCGCUGUUUGAUUUCUCCUGUAACACAAUUUCUCGACCGUUACUUUUAUUUACACCUGGCAUUAAAAUACUUCAUCAGUAAUCAGAUUACAAUCAGUUAGAGCUCGACCUGAUCACAGUGAAAGUGUAAAUGCACCAAAGAGACACUGAGGACAGACUGAGAUCUGAUUGGCUGAAGCCCUGUAGGUGUUCAGGAAAUAUUCUGAAUAUGAGUGUACAUGUUGUUGUGUACAUGUUGUGUACAUGUUGUGUACCAGCAGCCAUUAAACAGGAAGUCGUCCUCUCCAAAGGCCUCAUGUUUGUGUGAGAGUAAACCAGACCAACAGUAACACAACAACAAUUCUUCUUGUGUUGUCGUGGAGAUGCACUAAUGACGACUGGGUCGAUCUGAUUCAAGAGUCCAGCUCCAUCCACAACGUGUCAUUGAACCAACACUCAAUUCAACCAGGCUCGUCAAGGUCCGACCUUUAAAUGUGUAGAAGAUCAAUUCAGUAUCCUGAGCACUUUGGAAGAAGUCAAAAGCCAGAUCUCACAUCGUUAAAGAUGAUUAUAAAAACCUGAAUCUGCUUCGUCAAUCGAAUCAGAGACAGAAGUUCAUCUUCCUGGCCGACGUCCCGUCCAAGUUUCAAUCAAAUCCAUUUCCUGUUUCUUGUGUCAUGUCGACGUCUGAAAUGUCCGAGCAGCGUUUAAACAUCGUGUGAGGAGCAACAACCUCCACAAGUUAUAGUAAUUUAAAUAAGUGAAGCUGAACUUGAACUGUAAAGUCAGAUCUGUAACUCAUCUCAUAAAUAACGGUCCUGACAUUUGAGCCUUUGAUACAAAUCACUUCCUGGUUGUUUUCACAUCCUUUGAUACUAAAUGAACGUUUGUAUUAGUCAGUUUGUUGGACGACCUCCGAUCCAGUAGCGGUGCAUUUUUAGGUUUUGUUUAGCUUUUUGAAACAUUUGUACUUACUCAGAUUUCAAUAAAUAUUUUGUAUAAAACUGAA